AUGAAACCAGGUCAAUCGGAUAUUACAUGUCAAGGAAGAAUAUUUGUUGUUCAGGAUUUGGCAAAACGGCGACGAACGAAAAAAGUAAUCGAGCCUCGUUUACCGGAACCGGAAGUCUCGGAAAUCGGAAAGGGGCGUCUGAAUUUCAAGGGCUUUUCGCAAAGGUUGCUGCCCCGUGCCCCGGAGGGGAUUUGUCUCGAAGUAUAUAAGACUCUGAGUAAGACGUUGCAGCGUUCAGUCAAGAGACAUACGAAAAGCAUCGAUCAGUAUCGGUCAAUUAAUCGAAACACGUACGACGUAAUCAUGCAGGGGAUCCUCGUUUAUGCCAUCGCAUUUCUCCUCGCGUUUGUGGGAAGCGGUUUUGCCGCACCUCAGUACAUAGCAAACCCGGAAACGCCGUACGCUCAUCCUGCGGUGUUGAUAAACUCCCACAUGGAGUCCCAACUGCCGGAAGAACUGCGUAAUCCAUUUUACAAGAACCCCAGGAUCGCUAAUAGCCUUGCCAAGGAAUCGUGGUUCGGCAACAAGGAAAUGCAGGUACUAGAACGAGAGGCGGAAAAAAUACCGAGAGAAAAAAUAUUCAGCGUACUUCACAACGCUGGACUCGUACAAAGAAGAUAA